AUGUUGACCUCUGCCAACUCCUCCCGAGCCGCGGUGCGCUCCAUGGCGUCUCUGACACAUGCAGCGUCGCGAACCCCCGCAGCCGCCCGGUGUGCGCUGACGGUAACUGCCCGGUCCCCCGCUUCGUUCAGUUGCCGCCGGGCUCUCAGCUCCAAUACCCGGUCUCUUCAUCAGUUCCCCCGCUUCCAGUCCCUUUCCUCCUUCUCCAACAAGAGAGCUUUCGGCACCACCGUCAGAAUGUCUUCCGCUACUCGUACCGAAACCGAUGCCUUCGGUGAGAUCCAGGUCCCCGCCGACAAGUACUGGGGUGCCCAGACCCAGCGCUCUCUGGGCAACUUCAACAUCAACCAGCCUCAGGACCGCAUGCCUGAGCCCGUCAUCAAGGCCUUUGGUAUCCUGAAGGGUGCUGCCGCUACUGUGAACAUGAAAUUCGGCCUUGACCCCAAGAUCGGCGAGGCUAUCAAGCAGGCCGCUGCUGAGGUCGCCGAGGGUAAGCUCAUGGACCACUUCCCUCUCGUUGUCUGGCAGACUGGCUCCGGCACCCAGUCCAACAUGAACUCCAACGAGGUCAUCUCCAACCGUGCCAUUGAGAUCCUGGGUGGCACCAUGGGCACCAAGAAGCCCGUCCACCCCAACGACCAUGUCAACAUGUCUGCUUCUUCCAACGACUCCUUCCCCACCGCCAUGCACAUUGCUGCCGUCUUGGAGCUGGAGAACACUCUGCUCCCCGCUCUACGCAGCCUGCGCAACGCUCUUCAGGUGAAGGUGGAGAAGUUUGACAAGAUCAUCAAGAUCGGCCGUACCCAUCUGCAGGAUGCCACUCCUCUUACCCUCGGCCAGGAGUUCUCCGGCUACGUCGCUCAGCUUGACCGCAACAUCGAACGUGUCGAGUCCACCAUCCCCCACCUCCGCUACCUCGCUCAGGGUGGUACCGCUGUCGGCACCGGUCUGAACACCUUCAAGGGCUUCGAUGAGGCCAUUGCCGAGGAGGUCACCAAGAUGACUGGCACCGAGUUCAAGACUGCCCCCAACAAGUUCGAGGUUCUUGCUGCCCACGACUCCAUCGUCGAGGCCUCUGGCGCCCUAAACACCCUUGCGUGCUCCCUCUUCAAGAUCGCCCAGGAUAUCCGUUUCCUCGGAUCCGGCCCUCGCUGUGGUCUGGGCGAGCUUGUCCUCCCCGAGAACGAGCCUGGCUCUUCCAUCAUGCCUGGCAAGGUCAACCCCACUCAGUGCGAGUCGCUCACCAUGAUCUGCUCCCAGGUCAUGGGUAACCACGUUGCCGCGACCGUCGGUGGCAUGAGCGGCCAGUUCGAGCUGAACGUGUUCAAGCCUUCCAUGAUCCGCAACCUCCUUCACAGCGUGCGCAUCCUCGCUGAUGGCAUGAAGAGCUUCGAGACCAACCUGGUGCACGGUCUGGAGGCCAACGAGCAGAGAAUCGACACUCUUCUCCACGAGAGUCUGAUGCUUGUCACCUGCCUCAACCCCGUCAUCGGCUACGACAUGGCCUCCAAGGUGGCCAAGAACGCCCACAAGAAGAACCUCACCCUCAAGCAGAGCGCUAUGGAGCUCAAGGCACUAAGCGAGGAGGACUUUGACAAGUACGUCCGUCCCGAGCUCAUGCUGGCUCCCAAGGAGAAGAAAUAG